UUACCCAGAAGGCUGAGUACUGACAUACGUCAGCUGCAAUCACGGUUGUAUCUCCAACAUGGCGUCGCUGGGAAGGAGGCGCGGUGUCCCAGUAAGCAGGGAGAGGGGAGUGAUGGCGGCGACAGACUGCUACAUUGUGCAUGAGAUCUACAACGGGGAGAAUGCGCAGGACCAGUUUGAGUAUGAGCUGGAACAGGCAUUGGAGGCCCAGUAUAAAUACAUUGUUAUCGAGCCCACACGCAUCGGAGAUGAGACAGCCCGCUGGAUUACUGUGGGCAACUGCCUGCACAAGACGGCUGUGUUGUCAGGUGCUGCUUGCCUCUUGACACCACUUUCAUUGCCCCCUGAAUAUUCGCGCUAUGUGGCAUUGCCCGCGGGCGCCCUCAGUGUGGCCUGUGCCGCCCUCUACGGGAUUUCAUGGCAGUUUGACCCCUGCUGCAAGUACCAGGUGGAAUAUGACAGCCAAAAACUCUCGCGGCUGCCCCUGCAUACGCUCACCUCCUCCACGCCUGUGGUAUUGGUACGCAGGGAUGACAUCCACAGAAAGAGACUUCAUAACACGAUAGCACUGGCUGCCCUGGCAUAUUGCGCCAAGAAGAUCUACGAACUCUAUGCGGUAUGAGUGCAUUCUGAAGAGGGGUUAAAGAACCAACAGAAAAAAGGAAAAACAUGUUUAAAAAAAAGAUAAAGAAAAAAAAAAGAGAACCUAUCGAACCCCAAUAAGAAAAGUGGAAGUCAUGAUCAGACCCAGCAGCUAGCUCCAAAUGUGGGCGCUUCCAUUUUGAACAUUGAUCAGAGGGAUAUAGUUAAAACUAGAAGGAAUUGUUUUUUCCCUUACGUUUCCUUUACUUCUAUGUGACGACAACAGCACACUUAUCUCUGUAGUACCAUUGCGCCUACUCCCUUGCACCCUCCACCCGCAUCCUUGACACACAGCAAGCUAGUCCACGAGGGUAUGAGCAGUUCCUCGAGACUGAGUUGCCUUGCGGUUGAAAUGGACAGACCUGUUUCCAGUACCAAGCUCUACUUUACCUUUUACCCUUGUAGUUUUACUGUACCCCUUUCUUGCUGAUCAGUACAUCACACUUUCAUUAAACAUUAGGAUAUUUCAAGCUCACCUUCUGUAUUUUAUUUUACUUUUUUCAUUAAAUGGAUUCUACAUGGUGUCCAAAAAAGUGCAAAUAACUGCAGCUUUUUUGAGAAUGUGUCUUGUUCAUGUAGAUUUUCAUGUUCAAAAGAGUGCAAGUAAGAUUUUGUGUGACAAUUACAUGGCUUUUGUCCUCUUUUGAAACACUAAAUAGACUUAACUUUUGGAAAGUCCACACUUGUAUGGGUAAAUCGUUCCUAAUAAUGUAUAUUACAUUAACAUAAAGCCAAACCCUUAUAAUGGAAAAUUAAAUAUACACUAUUUUACACAAAGGUUAAUUACACAAAGUCUAAUUUAAAUGACAUUUUUGUAAUUGUUUAUCCAGUUAUGCUUGUUAUUAGCUGGUGAGACCACGUAUUUUUAAGUUACAUGUUCCAAGAAGAGGUAGUAAGUAACUGGAAUUCCAAUAUGGGUGAGCAAUGGGCACUGGGUAAAAGUAAAUUUUAUUUAAAUGUCUGUUAUGAGCAGAUUGACUCUGCAAUCAUUAAUUUCUUUGAUAGCAGGAAAGACAUGAUUUAUACCCAUUUCCUCAGAGAAUUUCGUGUAACUCCCCAGAAAGGUCCAUAAAGCAAUGUGACAAAUAAAUUUCAUCUGUAAAC